GAGCCAAGUGGAAAACAAAUUUAAAAAUAAUUGUUGAUUUCGUAACUAUGUUUUGAAAAAAUAAAACACAAUAAGGUCAUUUGAUUUUGGCGCAGUUUCUUAAGGUCGUCCGUGUACAAAAACUCAUUUAUUUUCUUCUCCCUCCCAUUUUUUUCCUAUGAACCCUAGAUUUACGCCGUCGCUCUGCUAAGAAGCCGCCGUCCACGUCCAACUUUGUCAAGACCCACCGUGUUUCAACCCCCUCCCCGUUCUCUUCGACGGAAUCCUAGAUCUUCACUGCCGCCUUCCGUACGUUCAACUUCGCUGAUGGACCACGUUCUCCAUUUCUUUCCCUCUCUCCUCUGCAACCAUUGACGCUGUUUGCCGUCCGCAUUUUGUAUUUUUUCGUUUGCAGAUCGCCUCGUUUCAGGGUCACUGCCGUCGUUGCAUAGACGGCACCUGGUUGGCCUGUUGUACCUUUCGCCGUCGCACCUGAUAUGAGAGGAUUACAAGUUUCCUUGAAUCAAACCCAGAAGAUUCGGCUUCAAAGAGCCCUAGAAACGCUCGAGUCUAUCUCUUCGAAAGCUAAUUCCGAUGCUUCAGUUGUAGUUGCUGAUACUAUUCCUCUCAAUUACGAAGAUGGUGUCCUCAAGGGACAUGGAACCCUUGACUUGAAUGGAGAAGUAGUUGCCACUAUUUGUGGAGUGGUCGAGCGAGUCAAUAAGCUUAUCUAUGUACGUGCCUUACGUGCCAGAUAUAAACCAGAGGUUGGUGAUAUCAUAGUGGGGCGUGUUACGGAGGUUGCUCCCAAACGUUGGAGAUUGGAUAUAAAUUAUAGCCAAGAUGCUGUUUUGAUGCUUUCUUCUAUGAACUUGCCUGAUGGUAUUCAGAGGAGGCGAACUGCAGUGGAUGAACUCAACAUGCGGACCAUUUUUGAAGAAAAUGAUGUUAUUUGCGCAGAAGUUCGUGGUUUCCAGCAUGAUGGCCUACACCUUCAAGCAAGAAGCCAGAAAUAUGGGAAGCUUGAAAGAGGUCAGCUGCUCACGGUUUCACCGUAUCUAGUAAAGAGACGCAAACAGCACUUCCAUCAUUUGGAGCAGUAUGGUAUUGACUUAAUACUUGGAUGCAAUGGAUUUAUCUGGAUUGGGGAGCAUGUUGAUCCUACAGAGGAUAUGAUGGUAGAAGAUCCAAUUAAUAAAUCUGAACAGAAGGGUUCAAAAUUUGAAGGAAAUUUUGGUAACCAAGUGCAAGAAAGAAUAUAUACUCCAUUGGAGACACGUCAGAAUAUAUGCAGAACUGCAAACGCCAUUCGAGUAUUGUCUAUCUUAGGUUUCAUAAUGUCAGUAGAAGUCAUAAUGGAGACAGUAAGUCUAGGUAUUUCUCUGAACAUCGAUGUGCAUGAAAUGCUUGGGUCGGAGUUCUGUGUUCUCACUGCAGAAAAAGAGGCUGAGCGGCGGACUUCGAGUAAGAAGAGGGGAUGAUUUGGUUUCCAAAAUUGUGUAAUUCACUCUUGCUGGAAAUUUUGCUACGAACAAUUUGAUUUUCUGAGGAACUCACUAUGAGAUCUUAGUUUGUGGAAUUUUAUGAUACCGACGAUUGGUCUGCUACUAGUGUUAACAUUAUAGAAUGCAAUAUUUGCUUAAUUAUUCUGUAGUAAGUGGUUUCAUAACUUCACUAAAUUUUAUAAAAUGUAGUAUUUUCGCGGAUGAUA